AUGGCAAGUAAAAAGUCUCCAAGUAAUCUAUCUAAUCGUAAAACAAAAGAAAUUACUUUAACUAAUCCAUCAUCAUCUACACCAAGAGAUACAACUAUACCGUUAUGGCCUGAAUGGAAUGAUCAAGAUGUGAAUAAUGAAAAAUGGGAUUCAUCACAGAAAACUAAAGAAAAGAGUAAAUUAUCAGCUCAAUCAUCAUCAUCAUCAUCUACAUAUUUUAUUGAUCCAGAAUCACAAGUUUUAUAUCCAUCAUCCAUGAUACCAUUUAGUAUGAAAAGACCAAAUGAAUUUAUUACAGAAAAGGCACCUGUUGUAUAUGAUCCAGAAUUUAUAAAUCAUGUUGAUCUACUCUAUUAUAAUGAACAUUUAUUUAAAAAUGAAUUAUUAAGAUGGAUUAUAUGUGAUAUACAAAAUUUAUGGUUAUCAUGUAGAACACCAAUUCCUGAAUCUAUUCCUCCGACAGAGUUCAAUGAAUCAAAUAUGAUGAUGAAUUUAACUCAUUCAACCAAUUAUAAUUAUGAAUGGAAACCAUGGGAACAUAUUUAUGCCAUGACAAAAAUUACUAAAGAUAAUAAUAAUAAUACACCACAAUAUAAUCCUUAUGGAAAAUAUAUUGUCAAGCUGUAUUGGAUGGGUUGUUGGCGUAAAAUCAUUAUUGAUGAUUCAAUACCAUUUGAUGAAAAUAAUAAACCAUUACUUCCACAAAGUAAACAAUCAUAUGAAUUAUGGCCAAUGUUAUUAACAAAAGCUUUAUUGAAAAUAGCCUCUAUGGAUUGUAGAAAUACAUGUACCAAUACAGAAAUAGGGGAUUUCAGUACAAUACAAUGUUUAACUGGAUGGAUUAAACAUACUAUUGUAAUCAAGAAACAUUCCAUAGAUCAAUUAUGGUAUUACCUUAGUGAUUAUUUAUUAGAUUGGGAAAGAGUUGAUGAUGUUAUAAAACGAAAUGAGAAAUCUAUCAAAAUGGAACAAAAUGAAAUAAUAGAAAAACUGGAAUCUCAUGAUAUCUCAAUCAAUAAAUCAAUAAUCAAUAAAGAAAAAUCGAAAGAAAAAAAAGGAAUAGAAAAAAAUAAAGAAAUGAAUAAAGAGAAAAAAGAACAAAUUGGGCAUAAUACAACAGAAUUAAUGAAUCCUAAGAUUCCUGAAACUAUAAUAUUUGCAUCGUGUAAAAAUACAGGUUCAUCAUUGGCAUCACUUGUUCCUUCAGCAUCAAAGGAGGAGAUUACAAUGAAACUUAAACAAUUUGGAUUCACUUAUACAGAUUCAUAUCCAAUUCGUAUAGCUAAACGUCGUACUAUACCACUUAUUCCUCCAUCACCUAUACAACCUACACCUCAAUGGAAGUUGAUCAGACCAAGACCAUCUGAUUUUCCAUUUAAUUCAUCUAACAAUAAUGAUUUACAAAGUAAUAAAGAGAAAGAACCUAUACGUUCAUUACUUCUAUGGACACCUGUACAAGAGCAUAUAUUUUAUGAACCAGAGAAAGUUAUAACAAGUCCGCCUACUUCUACUGUUGAAUCAGUUUAUAUGUCAAGUUCUUCACCUGACACAGGAAAACAAAUUAGUGGAACAUUAAAAACUAGAUCAAAUUCUCAAACAUCACCAACACGUCGUCGACGUGAAUCCAUUUCAAAUAAUCCAAGUCCAUCUAGAUCUCAAAAAAGAGGUUCACGUGAAGACAUACUAAAGAAAGGGAUGCCAAGUAAAUCAAAAGAAGCUAAAGGACAGAAUAAAACUCCAGAAACAAGUGGAAGUAGUCAACAAAAUUCUAGUUCACGUACAAACAAUUCAUUACACAUGAAAUCAUGCAGUGAAGAUAUUGUACCUGAAGUAUCAAUAACAACUAGUUCUGUAACGAAUCCUAAAGAAAUAUGGCUUGAUAUAAAAGAUUUUUGUGAAAUAUUCAAGACAGUGACCAUUUAUCAUAAGCCAAAUACAUAUUCAAUUGUCAAAACAUAUUCCAAUUUAAAACCAUCUGAUCAAUCAAAAGUACAUUAUUUAUUUUGUGAUAGUAUUCAACCAUGUGAAAUUAUUCUUCAAUUCUCAGUUAUUUAUCAAUGGCCAUUACCUAUUGCGAAACGUUUAACUCCAUCUACUUAUUCACGUGGUAUUACUUGUAUGCCUGAAACAGAUGAAACAUCAACAAUACCAGUAAAUGAACAUAGUAGUACACAUUUCUUACCGAUAACUACGACAUCAGCUUCAUUUAUUAAAGAUGAUAAUGGAAAUUCACAAAAUAAUUCACCUGAUGAUUUACAAUCUACAACUUAUGGUAUGAAUCCAUCAAUACAAACAUUAUCAUCUACAUCAUCUAUAUCUAAUCAUUCAUCUACACUUUUAAUUGAAUCUUAUCAUUGGAAUAAAUCAAUACAAGGUGAUCCAAUGAAAUAUCUUGAAACAACUGGUACUAAUUCUAUAUCAUUAUUAUUAUCAUUUAGUCGAUAUUGUUAUAAAUUAAUCAUUUAUGCACCAUUAGGUUAUGUUAUCACUAUUCUUGGACGUCAACGUUCAUCAAUUCAUAUCAAUAAUCAAUUCAUUAAAUCAUCUAAUAAAAAUAUUCAUCAAUCAAUCAAUAUAUUAUUUGAUGAUUAUGAUUAUAUCUUAUUAAAUGGGAUUACAAUCUGUCCAUUAUUAAUUAAAUAUUAUGCAAAUCAAUUGAUUUAUUGUAUGUAUAAUGUUGGACAAGCUUUAGAAGUAUUAGUACAUUUAACUGAGAUCUAUGUAUCUCACAUGACUACCAACACCAUCACCACCACGACCACCACUCAUAGUAACAAUAAUAAUAGUAGUAUUAUAAUAAAUAAUACAGAAUUGAAUGAAUUAGAAUUUAAAGACAAAUUUACAAAUGCUAUAAACAAUUUAAUUACUAAAGAAAAUGAACUUAAACAAUUAUUAUCUAUAUGGCCUAAUCAAAAAAUAAUUAAACCAACUUUAUUGUCAAUACUACAACGUUUCACUGAAAAUUCUGGAACAUCCGAUAUGAAUUAUGCUUGGCGUAUAUUACAAACAGAUUUUAUUACAAUCAAUCCAUUUCGAGUAGUUUAUAGUCAUGAAACGGUUUCAAAUCCUGCUCCUUCAAUUAUAACAAAACAAAAAUCAAAAGUGCUUAGUUCACGUGGAGAGAAAACUAAUCAGUCAGUUAAAAUUAAUCCAAUUGAAGAAACAAUUAUUAAUCGUUGGAAUCAACCAAUCAUUAAUCCUGAUCUAUUAAUUGCUAUAGUACGUAUACAAUCAUUCUAUCGUGGUUGUCGUAUUCGAAAUACAAUACGUUUAAGUCAAACCAAAUAUCUAAUAGAAACUUUAUUAUCUAUCAUCAAUUCACAGAAUAAAUCAAAUAUAGAUAAUAAUCAUUUGAUGCAUAAGCGAUCAUUAUUAAGAAUUAAACGUUUAUCAAUUGGUUGGAUGUCUUGUUUAAAUAUAUUACAACAAGGUCAUUUACAAUGUGAGGCGGGAAAUCAAUUAAUUGAAAACUUAAUUCUUACUAAUUCCAAAACUACUACUGAUAAUAAUAAUAAUAGUAGUAUACAAAAUAAAUUAUAUAAAGAUAUGAAUUCUUAUUUAAGUAUUAAAGAAUAUUCUGGUAACUAUGGUGAUAUACCAUCACCAUGUCCAAUGCAUCAUACAGGAUCAGAAUUACGUCAUAUGAAUCAAUUACAUAAUUCAUUACAUAAAGAUUGGAUUCAUUUAUUAUUUCGUGAUUGUAUUUAUUCAUCAAAAUGUUUAAAAAAUGAAAGCAUAAUAAUCAAUGAUGAAGAAGAAAUUCAAUAUUCAUUUCGUUUAAAAACUACUAUACCGGAUAGUUAUAUCCUAUUGAUCAAUAAUGAUAAUGGUAAGUUUACAAAUACGUACAAUAAGUAA